GUAAGGAGGCUCCCAAGCAGUGAAACAUCUUGGGCUGAGGGGGAGAGGAAAAGCAGGGAUGGGUGUCUGGGCUCAGCUGGGGAUCCCAGUCACCACCAUCAAAGAACUUGGGAGGAACCCAGACCCCAAUCUGGGCACAGAGAACCACCCAGGAUGCCCGUAAACCUCCCACCUGAAAGAACAACACGGACAUCAUGCAGACACCAUUCUAUAGCUUGGGGCCCCUCCAGAUUUGCAAGAUCCUGCCUGGUUCUGCUUCUAGCAGGUAAGAGAUUUGGGGGGGGGCGUCUCUGGGGAACAGAGAUCCUGGCUUGAUGAUGGUCUGGGGAGAAGAGACCCAGAAGGACUGAGAUCUAUUUAUUUUUAAAAAUACAUAUAUCUAUAUCUAUAGCUAUAUAAUAUUCUUUUACAAAAUUGUACACACAUAGAUCCUAAACAUAACAGGACUAACAAAAUAUGGGUUACUGGGUGGGGACCUAAAAUACCAACUAUCUUGUUUUACAGUACAGUCAUACCUUGGUUCUUGAAAGGAAUCCAUUCCGGAAGUCCAUUCGACUUCCGAAAACGUUCAAAAACCAAGGUGCGGCUUCCGAUUGGCUGCAGACAUUUGGCUUCCAAAAAAUGUUCGCAAACCGAAACACUCACUUCCGGAUUUGCGGUGUUUGGGAGCCAAAACAUUCGAGUCAUAAGGCGUUUGAGAACCAAGGUACGACUGUACAUACGUAAUAAUGAGAUAAUUACAGUAAACCUGUAAAAUGAGUUCUUCAGCAGUUCAGCUUAGAAAACACAGAGUAAUAGGAGGGAGCGAAUGAGUAGUUCCUGCUUAUCUAUGCCAUAUUGAAAUAUAGGUUGCAGGUAUUUCUCGUCUCUGUGUUGCUUUGUUUGUAUAUUUAAUAAAAUCACAACAUACUGUGUAGACAUAUCUGUUUUUUUUUCUCUCCACCAUGGCACCUUUUCCCCCAAACAGCUUUUCCAUUACAGCUGUUUGCCAGACUGUAUUAUACCAGGGCUCAAUAUUCAUUAACGGCAAGGUUUUCCCCAUUUCUGGCUAUUGCCAUUCUAGUUGCUUUCAAUAAAUGUGUUAUUAAUUCCUUACUUCUUAACUGGUCCAUAUCUGUAGUAAUGAAGUAAGACUGUUACUGGGGUUAUUGGGAUUGUCUGAGCUACAAUCUCUUUUAAAACUUCAUUCCAAAAUUGUUCCAUUUGUGGACAGCUCCACCACAUAAGUUGGUGUGUACCUAUAAUUUGGCAUCCAUAAAUGCCUCAGUGUUAAAUACUAUCCAUGCACAAUUUUUAAUAAGCAUUCCCUGGUAGUUGCUGACAAAUAUUUAUAUGGUGCUUUUGUCCAUAAAUUGUUCAAUUUAUCCUCUUCAAUGCUUAUAUCCCAAUUUAAUUAGCACCAGCUUUUUAGAUUUUGUUAGGAGCAAAAUGGGUUCAUGAAAAGGGUUUUGUAUAAAAGGAAAUUUCAUCCCUUAGCCAUUAUAUGAUCUCUUGUCAGCUUCUUUUCAUAUUCUGCUAGUUUCCUUGUAGCUUCAUUUUUCAUUUGUGCAUUUAGAAGAAAUGAUCUCAACCAAUAUCCUAACAGUGAGGUACAGCUGAGAUCUAAUACUGAGAGAGAAGCUGUUUUAUAAGUUCUACGGUCACCUCAGUAUAAAAAGCCAUGCCUCCCAAAUUCUGAGAUGACAAUUGUAUAUUUUUUAAAUAUAAAGUUGAUCGAAAAUCCCCCUUUAUUUGUUCUCAGGGGUGUAAGCUGGGAAGCCCCUUCUGGUUGUAAAAUUGCAGGGUAUGGUCUGAAGGCAGGUGAGGCCACCACUAACUUGCUGAGGCCUAGUAGGUCUCAGUCUGGUCAGUGGCUGAAUUGUUGACCACCUGAGAGCCACAUGUAUGGCACUUUGGGUGCCAUGACAGAAGAAAGGCAGGAUUUAAACGUAGGAGAAAGAAUAAAUGAAAUUACGAGGGUUUCUGUCUCCAUUACUUCUGCCUGUUCUCGGCCUGUUGAACGGAGUGACUUUCUCCUCCCCAUUCCACAGCCUACAUCUUGAGCUCUUGCUUCCUGUUGACUCAAGCUGCCAGAAGGGUUAAAGCUCGGCGUCCUCAUGUGAAGAAAAUGGCCACUCCUAAGCCUCCUCGUUUGCCUCAGGAGGCUGCCACGACGAAUGCUUCUGUUCUUCCUCCAGCAACAACCGGGGCUCCCCCCGCAACAGCAGCUGCAGGUGCUGAAACAACCACAGGGACUCUCCCUGCAAUGACAAAGGGGACUCCCCUCGCAACAACGAACGGGACGCCUUCUGCAACGACAAAUGGGACUUCUCCUGCAACGACAAACGGGACUUCUCCUGCAAUGACAAACGGGACUCUCCCUGCAGUGACAAACUGGACGCUCCCUGCAAAGACAACUGGAGCUCCUUUCAUUCCUCCUGCAGUGCCAACUAAGACUCCUCGUCCCCGUCCUCCUCCCCGUCCUCCUGCCCCUCCACCACCUCCCCGUCCGCCCCCUCCCCCUCCUCCUUCAGUGACAACUAAGUCUCCACCUCCACCUCCACCUCCUCCCCCUCCCCCUCCUCCUUCAGCGACAACUAAGUCUCCUCCUCCCCCUCUCCCUCCAGCAGUGGCAACUAAGGGUCCUCCUAUCUCUCCAGCCUCUCUUCCUCCCCACCCUCCUUCCCUGAGCCCUCCUGCUGAGGGGACACCCAAGAGUCCUCCUCCUCCCGAAAUCUCUCCUGCCUCUCCUGGAGCUCCCAGUAGUCCAGGACCAACCGUUCCUGGUGGUCCUGGUGUUCCUACUUCGAAGCGUCCUAAGCCCGAGGAACCCGUGGAACCACCCAGGGGGGAUAUCAUUAUCAGUUUUUACCCAUCGAUUCCGGUCAUAGACGAGGACAUCCUACUCACCCUGGAUGGAGAUAUCAAAGGCUUUGUGGGCUGCCUUUGGAAGCGAGGGGUGGGCCCUGUAUCGAGGACCAUUGUGCUCUACUAUACGCAGCCCAACGUCACACUGCAAUACAUGUUUGGCCAUACCGGUCGGGAAAUUCUUAAUCAGGAUUGCUCUCUCCUCAUCACCAAAAUCACCCCUGAGGACACUGCUGUAUAUGAGGUAGAGAUGGAAGUGUGGAGGAAUGGGACAGAAUACUCUCUCGUUGGGCGAAAAUAUUUGGAGGUUACAGGUAACUCCUUCUUGGGCCCUUCUUUCCUCUAGAACAGGUGCGAAAGACGAUCAAGCUUAAAUGGAAUGCUUGGUUUAGGAGCACCUCCAUCAAGGCGAAAACCUCAAUCCAAUCUAUAAAAAUCUGCCUGCAUAAAAAGGCCCUCAGCUGCUGCACACGGCUGAGCUGUAGACAGAGUUGUUGAACUGUCGCUAUGGCCUUUGGCCACCUGACACCAGAAACAGGUGAUAGAAAGAGUUAUCAGCUGUUUCUGGUGUCAGGUGGCAAACAGCCAAAACAAGGGCUGCCAUAUGUCCAUCAUUUCCCGGAUAUAUCUGGGAUUUGCCCGUCGAAAAUAGUGUCCUGGCAGAAUUUCCAAAAAUCCGUAGAAAUGUCCAGGAAUUUCCUUGAAAAUCACCAAAACCCCUCAUUUUGGGGGGAGAUUUUGCAAAAGGAAGCUCAACAACUUUCUUUCAUGUCUCACAACCCUGGUUUAGUAUAAUAAAGCAUAAUUUCUGAGACAGAAAUAGAAGGCUAACGGUCAGAGUCCAUAGAGAGGCAAGUGUUCUUUGCAUUUCUGGAAACCACACGGUGCCAAUGCCACAGGCAGAUUUGGGUUCCCAUCGCUGUUUUCACAUGACUUUUCCCUUACCUCCAGGAGAUGAGAAAGAGAUAGAAAGAGCCGGAGGCCUCUCAGGAGGAGCCAUCACAGCCAUUGUUCUUGGGUGUCUCCUGGGGGUCAUAUUGGCCGUGGGUCUGAUUAGCUACCAAACCAAAUCAACUCGAAGGUAACAAAUAUCUCUUCGUCACUUAUUACUUUGUUGUUUUUCCUUGUAUCUUAGAAGGAUAGAUUCUGAUUUAAUCUUUCGGGAAACUGAAAGGGGCCAACCCAGACACUCCAAGUGUCCCUAUUUUCCAGUGACUGUCCCAGAUUUACACUAGCCAUCCCGGUUUCUGAUUUGAUCCCAGAAUGUCCCGCUUUUCCUUAGGAUGUCCCUAUUUUCAUCAGAGAAAUGUUGGAGGGUAUGGAAUAGGAAGUCCUCAGGGCUCUCUGUCAGCCGGAACUCACCAGAACUCAGUUCCGGCACCUGUCUGGUGGGUACCACUGCCAUUCUAGUAGAACGAAAGACGUGUUCCUUAUGAGUUCUGGCACCUCUUUUUCCAGAAAAAUAGCACCGGGCAUCCCUAAAUUCAUCGGAGAAAUGUUGGAGGGUAUAGAUAGGGAUGUCCCUAUCUUCAUCAUAGAAAUGUUGGAGCUACUCAGUUCUGAGCAGCCUGAGUUAAAAACAAAAGAGGAAUGUAAAUGGGUAAAAUUCAUGGUAAUUGCAUCCAGACAGGUUAUAGCGAGUAACUGGAAAAAUGCAGAAGAGCUGGGGGUGAACCAAUGGAGGAAAAAACUGAACAAUAUUAUAAUUUUAGAAUACCUAACUGUGAAGAUACAUAGAAUGAAAGGGUUUAAGGUCAGUGAGAAAGAGGAGGAUUGGUUUGAGAAGACAUUGAAUUAUUUGGGUAUGUUUGAACAAUUUGGGGCAAUUAAAAUGUUAAAAGUUAAAUAAACCUUGUGGAGGGAGGAGUGUUAAGGUAUAUAGAAGUGUACAUAUGGUUGAUUUGAACAUGUUAUUAUUGAAUAUUAUUGAAUAUGUAUAUUAUUGAAUAAGUAUAUUAUUGAAUAUGUAUGUUAUUGAAUAUGUAUACCCAAUGUAUCAGCUGCCUAGGGGGUUUCAAUGUUUGUGUUUUGGUUGUUGGUAAAAUAUAUUUUUUUUAAAAAAAAUCAUAGAAAUGUUGGAGGGCUGGGCCUAACGCUCUGUGGCAAUCUUUUUCAUUAAGAGAGAAACUAUGCCAAACUUAGUGUGGACACCUGAUAGGCAUUGCCCACAGCUCCUGAGCUCCAUUACUGUAAGAUACAUAAUUCUACUGAACGGCUAAAUCAAAAUGUUUAAAACAGAAAUCAAUAACCGUUUCUAUAGCAACAGGAGAAGCAAUGAACAGCGAGACCCCAAAAGCCUUCUAGAAGAACCUGGUUUCUGCUGCCUGGUGUCUGAAGAUGGUGGGUGGUGGGUGCUGGUCGGGUCUUGGUGGGGAGGCAUUUCAUAACACAACUCUGCUUUUGGUGAUGAGUUGUGGCAUUGGGGAGGGCUGUUCCCUGUUCACGUGACAGUGCUUUCCCUAUCUAGACCAUCCUGCUCAUUCUCACGCAGAGGAAACUCAAAUAGCCUAGGGUGGCACAGAAUUUUGAUCAGGAAAACCGGGCUGUUGGUUAGGUGCCUCCUCACCUUAUUCCUCACAGACGGCUCCAUUGGUUCAUUUCUGGGUAAAAUUCAAGGUGUUCAGACUAGUGUUUAAAGCACCUAAAUGACUUAGACCUCAAAUAUCUGAGGACCUUCUGUGACGCAGUUGAGAGGGUCCAGAACAGCCUUGUUGCUCCUGAACUCUUUGUCCUUUUGCUUAUUUUAGGAGUGCUGAACCAGAACCUGCAAUAGCAAGCAACAAACCUUCAAGGUAAGCAGCAGGCAAAUCCUGGAUGCUCUUCUUCUUCUUCAUUUUCUCCUCCUCCUCCUCCUCCUUCUUAAAAAAACAGCUUUUGGGAAUUACAGGAGUGUCUCAGAGCUCCAAGAUUCCAUUUCCAUAUUUGGGGUUCUAUGAGAAGCGCAGGGAUUCAGGUAACAGAAAAUAAGAGAACUUAGCCCUCAGCCAUAGCAGGAGACUGGCUUCUCCAGGCUUCCUACCUGAAAUUACAGGCAUGCAUGUCAGCAAACGGAACACUACUUCAACAAUCUAACAUUCACAUCCUCACAGUGCUUCUUCAGACUGUUUGUCUGAAUUAUAUUUUAUUUUUAAGCACAGCAUGUACAUUUACUUCUGUUCAUUUGAAUGUGCAUCUCCCCCUCCCCCCAUUUAAAGAACUGCAAAACUUCUCCAAGGAUGUGUCCAGGGAAGGUUGAAGGUUCCUGACAUCACAGGAACCAGCCAAUUGGUGCUAUCCAUCCUUAGUCAAUUUCUGCAGCAGACAUGCAGAACUGGGAUUUGUACAACUCUGUUCUGGAGGGGAAAUAUACCUAUGGCUUAAAUUCUGAGAAGAAGCUUCAGCCCCAAGAGUUUCCACUUCUGACUCCACCCUCUGUUAAGGAAGACGUAAACCAAAAAAUUGUGUCUAACCCCUAUCCUUGGAGACUAGUAAGAACCAGCACUAAGUACUGCACUUAAGAACGGUGAAGUCGGUGGGUAUCUAGUUCAAGGCAGGGCUACAGAGAUAAAGGGGUGGAGCUAUUCAAAUAGGGUCUGGUUGGUUCUCAUUGGCUCCAACCAAUGGGACAAACUAAACAAUCUUCAACCUGGGGAACAGCUGGGAAAACCCACUGUGACUACGGAAAGAGCUACACCACACAUUUAAAGCACAACCAAUGCACAUUUGAAGCUCAUGGCUUCCCCCAGAGGAUCCUGGGAACUGUAUUUUGUUAAGGGUGCCAGGGACUGUAACUCUUGUGACUGGAAAACUACAGAAUUCUUGGGGGGAAGCCAUGUGCUUUCAAGGUGUUUUGGCUAUGCUGUAGACAUUUGUCGUGGAUCAGGCCAGAUUUCCUCAGGGAAAUGGAACUUUCUUGGGGUCCCCUGGAACAGGAGGGCAGAAGGUCGAACGGGAGGAACUGAUAGAUCUUUGGCAGUGGAUCCAUUUGCAGUGGAUCAACAACGGUUUGUGACUUUGUAAUGGUCUAGCUCGCAGAAAGAAGCAGGCUUUUGUGUGGAGGGACUUGUGAGCUUGGUUCUGGAUACAGAUCACAAAUUCCUUGGGUCCUAGUAAAAAAAAUAAAUGACUCCACCUUUGCCCUACAAUGCCUUGGACCCUAUAGAUCACUAGAUCAGUCAUUCAGCUACUCCCCUGAGCAGUGGUAGCUCCAGUGCUUUUUUCUGGGGCAGGGAGUGGGGGAACUCACCACAAAGUUUGUUUGUUGUGGACCCAGUCGCAGUGCAGACUGCUCCUCCCCAGGCUAAAUGUAAGAUGUGAUUAAUAAACUCAAGCAGACAACAAUCUGGAUGAGAAAUGGUCACAAUUUCAUUGAUUACAGGUAUAGGUGUGUUUUUGGCUCAGGGAUUGGAUGUGUCCAUCAGGCAAGGCCUCCUUCCACCUGCCUUGCUCUACCCUCUGCUUCUCAAUGUGUAUUGCAUUGUUUUAUGUGGCUUGCCGUUGUUUUAUUGAUUAUAGUUUAGAUAUUGUUGUAACUGUUGAGUAGAUUUCUGUUUAACAUUUAUAUGCUGAAAAACACACACCCCUGGGUAGUUUGUUGGUGGGAAAAGUGGCACUUCCCCCUGGUACCUGGUACCUGGUACCACUAGGGUUGCACUCAUCAGGGCAAGAGCAGUGAGGUUGGGAGAGAUCUAUGGCUGCGGCAGUCCCACAGGGCUGCUCUACCAACCCAGUCUCAGGGGUGGAUGAGAGGAUGAGGUGGAUGCCUUCAAAAGAAGGGUGUGCUUGGCCCGGGGGUAACCCGAGUAACGUGGUCCAGGUCCGGUCCCAGAUCCAAGGGUUCCACAAGGAGUCAGUCUGACAGGGCCAAGGCAGGACACAAGGCAGGAAACCAGGCAAGGUCAGGCACAGGAUCACAGGCAGGUUCUGGCAAACAGCAGCAAUGUUGCUCCCGCAACCUGGGGUGGGGGUCCAGCAGCCUUUUAUCUCUGUCUGGGUAACAGCCAGUCCUGAUCCUUCAGUGACUCGCCUCCCUGUCUCGCCCCAAGGCGAGCACUCCUCCUGCAAGUACUCAGGUCUCUCCUUCUCUCAGACCUCAGUCUCUGCAGCUCAGGAGAUGUUGGUGGGUUACUAGACCCAGAGGCCGCCUCAGCCUCUCCUGACCCAACUGGUAGUGGAGCAGCUGUAAGUGAUUGCCCAGCUGAAGGCAACGAGGUAAUCCCCGCAUCUGGAGCCAGGGCAGGCUCAGGCCCCUGACUCAGCCCAGCUGGUGCUUCCUGCAAGGGAACCUGUGCAGACUGGGGCUCUUCAGAAUCAGGCCCCAGACUCAGUUCAGAUGCCACCUGAGGCAAAGGAUCCGGUGCGGACUGAGACUCCUCUGGCUACGAGUCUGAGCCCGAGUCCCAGGCCAAUCACAAAGGGAGACUCUGGUCCACUGUGGGGGAACAAUGCAAGCCUAAUGCCUACCUCUGAAAUUUCCUUUGUUUCCCUAGGGUGGGCAGUAAGAGCAAGGCACCUACGUAAGUACCAACCCUACAGAAUGGGGCAGUGAGUGCUGGGUGUGUGGGGUGCAAGUUCCUCAGCCUGCCUCCAUGGCAGGUGAAGGGAAUUUGUGGACUUCCAGAUGUUGCUGCCCCACAACCCCCCUUCCUCAGGCCCAGCAAGCACAACCAAUGCUCAGGGAAGAUGAAAGCAGCAACUGGAGGGCCAGAGGUUCCGCACACCAGAUCUCCUGCAAGUUCUUCUUGUUGGUGUAAUGUGAACCAAGGGUUAAAUGACACAGUGCUUGGGCUCAGGUGUUGAGGGACCUUGGAUAGGCUAGUUUGAGCCUCUUAGUUUAAGCAACCCAGGUUUCUUUUAAACUGCAAAGGGGUAGCCCCAAGGCUGGAUUUAGGUUUGAUGAGGCCCUCAGCUACUGAAGGUAAUGGGGCCCUUUAUAUGUCCAGCUGUCCUUUGUCAACAACAAAUUGUCGCUGUUUUUCAUGUUGAAUAUAUGUUCUAUGGUAAUUUAUGGACCUAAUAGGUAUCUAAAGCCAUUUGCACAUAACAAAAUAUGUACAUCACAGGAGCCUACACAACACAAAACACUGUUGCUGUAGGUAGGUUUUAUUUUAUUAGUUUUUCAUCUUACAUUUUGGAAAUGUACAUCCAGGCUUUUCCCCCUUUAAUUUGUUUUUUUGGGGGCCCCCAAGAGAGUGGGGCCCUAAGCUAUAGCUUGUUUAGCUUAUACGUAAAUCUGGCACUGCAUCAGCCCACUGAGACAUGAAUAGACCCUGGGGAGGGGAGUUGAAUGACAACAGUAGCAUCUCACGCCAAAACAUUGAAUGAUGUGUCCCCUGAAGGCAAAUUAAGCACCAGAGAGGCUCAGUGAACAGCAGAAAAUAGAGCCCCAGUCAAAUAAGGGACAUGGAGGUUUUCUAAAGAAGCAACUAUCUUUGAAACAACGGUGAGGCACCAAAUUCUCCCUCCUAAACUCUUCGAUCCUUUCCCCUGUUUCUUUAGCAAUGAAUUGGACCCGUCCACGGUAACCACGUCUUCUGCAGCACGGUAAGUAGCAAACCUAGAGGAUGGAGCCUGAAACCUCUCUUUCUGGAGAAAACUGGAUUUUCUCUCCAAAAACCACAAACUACUUAAGUUAAGAUGUCUUCUAAAAGUUAAGAACGACGUAACUUUUAGAAGACAUCUGAAGGUAACCCUGUAUCAGGACGUUUUUAACAUUUGAUGCCUUAUUAUGUUUUAUAUAUUCUGAAAGCUGCCCAGAAUGGCUGGGGAAACCCAGCCAGAUUGGCAGGGUAUAAAUAAUAAAAUGAAGAAGAAGAUGAUGAUGAUUAAACAACAUCUGGCAGGAGGCAGAGAGGGAGGGCAGACUUCUGGAAUUCCAUUUCCACCUUUGGGGAGAAAGUGGUUUGGGGUGGGGGUCCAGUUAUUCAAAUGAAGACAGAUGUUGCACAAAGUUCGUAUUGUUAUUGGGGGAGGGGGGUUCCCUCUGCUCAACUCACAAACGUAAGGAAGGAAGGAUCAUAUCCGACAAAUAUCAUAUCCUCUUCUAGCAUCUAAUCACAUCUCAGCAUCCUGUUCAGCACAGGAAAUCACUCUAUAAUGAGCCAGGCCGUUGGUUCAUUUAUCUCAGCAUCAUCAACACCGAUUGGCAGGGGACGCCCUAGCUAGCCUGUUUUGAGGCUCAAAUGAAAAGACAGAGAACCACGUAUGCCCCCUCAAGCUCCUUGGAGGGGAACAGGGGGCGAUAUAAUUGCAACAAUUAAAUAAAUUUCAUGUGUUAGAAGUAUAACCUUCCAGGGUAUCAGAGAUAAAGAUGGUGGGUUUGCUUCCAGUUGUGGCGACCGUCCUCUGAUUCUAGAUUGGCUUUCUUCCAGGUUAAAGACAGAGUGAUCAUUCUAGUCCAGAAUAUUGCCAUCAUUCAAGUAUGGAGCAGCAUCAGCAAAGUCCAAGGAACCUCCAACCCCCCCACCCCACCCCAGAAGAGGAAUAUCGUAUGCAUGGAGAUCGUGGUGGAUCACUUAAGCACCAUCUCUUAGGUCUAUCCAGGCCCCCAGGCAGAAAAAGAAAAACCACACACAUCAUAUCUGCUGAUGAAAUAAAAGCCUCAAGUGGUUA